AUGGUGCUGAAGAUGAACCAGCAGCGCGCCAACCGGCCCAACAUGUUGCGCGAAGUGCAGCUCAUGAACAAGUUGAAACAUCCCAACAUUCUCGGUUUCAUGGGCGUGUGCGUACACGAAGGACAACUGCACGCACUAUCGGAGUAUAUGGAGGGCGGGUCUCUGGAACAGCUGCUUCUGGGCCUCCCACCCGCACCUGUGCCGCAGCCGCUACGUGUGUCGCUCGCCGCAGAUAUGGCUGCAGGAAUGGCGUACCUGCACUCGCUCGGCGUCUUCCACAGGGACCUCACGUCUAAGAACGUAUUAUUGAAAAAGCAUGGAAAUGGCGAGUACACUGCUGUUGUGGCAGAUUUUGGUUUAGCAGCGAAAAUACCUCAUCCAGUCAAUGGAUAUCGGUUGCCGAGCGUGGGAUCGCCGUGGUGGAUGUCGCCGGAGUGUCUCCGCGGCCGCUGGUACGACCACCGCUCCGAUAUCUUCUCCUACGGGAUCAUACUAUGUCAGCUUAUCGCCAGGGUGGACGCCGACCCGGACGUGUUGCCGCGCACGGACAACUUCGGCCUCAACUACGUGGCGUUCGUGGAGCUGUGCGACGAGACCACCGUGCCCGAGCUGCUCCGUCUCGCCUUUAACUGCUGUAUUUACGACGCUAAGGCGAGGCCGCUAUUCCCCGAGAUAGUGAGCAAACUCGCCGAGAUAAAGGAAGGUCUCGACGACUCCACAUGGGGCGGCCAUUCGCCUAAUGGCACCUUUGACAGCGAGGAGGCGGAUGCGUCGGGGCCGCGCUCGUGCCCGGGGCUGUGGGCGUGGCGGCGGCCCUCGCGCCAUCGCUCCGAGGGCAGCCCGCACCACCGCGACCGCGGCGCGCACCGCGGCUCGCUGUCGGAGCUGGAGUGCUCGUGGCGGGGCGCUGUGGGUGCGGGCGUGGGGGCGGGGGCGGGGGGCGCGGCGCACCGGCGGUCGGUGGGCGCGCUGAGCGCCGCGCCGGCGCCGCUGCAGGCCCCGCGGCUGGCGCGCCUGCAGCGGCUCGCGCACGUGAUGGUGCUGCGCGACGAACACGCCGCGCCGAAAGCGCCGCGCCGCGCACUGCACGCGUUCCGUGGUGUGCACAAAAUACUCGAGGCGGCGCCGCGGUGCUCGUCGGGGUCGCCGCCGCCGGGCGGGUCGGGCAGCGGCGCGGAGAGCGCGGGGGGCGGGGGCGGGGUGUGCGCGGCCGACGACGAGCCGCGCGCCUCGUCGCUGCCGCCCUCGCCCGGCCUCGCGCGCCGCCGCCUCGACGACACGCCCAAGCUGCACUACAAGGGCGAUUCGAGCGCGGAGCUGCGGCGUCGCGGCUCGUGCGAGAGCGGCAUCUUCUCCGUCGCGAACGAGGAGCUGUGCCGGCACCCGAGCGCGUACGGCGCCAUGUGCCCGUGCUCGCUGAACGGCUGCCACCGCUGCUGGUGGCGGCGCGAGCGCGACGACCGGCACGACGACCGACACGACGACCGGCAUGACGACCGGCACGAAGACCGGCGCGAUGACGGCGACCGGCUGCGGAUCUGCGCUGAAUGCCUCAUAGUGUACGACUGGCUGCUGUCGCGCGGCCGCCGCUCGGGCGACGAGUCGGUCGCCGCGGUGGACGAGGCGCCGUUCCUGUGUGGGCCCACGGAGACGCGCGAGUCGGCAGGCGAGUACCACGUGCUGUCGCGCUGCUGCUGCGCGCGCGAGGGGCGCGAGGGGCGCGAGGGGCGCGCGGGCGGCGCGCGCACGUCCAGCGUGUACACGGACAGCUCGGAGGACGUGGCGUCGCUGGGCUCCGACAGCGUGUGCGACGAGCGCGCCAGCUCGGCGCAGAUCUCGCGCAUCGUGCAGUACUUCGAGCGCCAGGGCGCCGGCUUCAAGUGCGAGCGCACGCACAAGGGCGACCGCUUCGUCACCGGCGGCGACGCGCCGCUCGCCUGCCUGGUCGACGUCAAGCACCAGGGCAAGUGCGUGCAGCAGCGCCUCACGGUCUGCGACGGCGCCGUCAAGUCCAAGCUGCCGCUCUUCGACAAGAAGUAG